AUGAUGACAGACCAAUAUCUGGAUCAGGUUGCAGCGCCAGCAAUAUAUGCAGCAAACCUUAACCUGAUCAAAUUGUGGGCAGCCAAGGAGAAGCUCGCUGAUGGCCGCGCAUUUUCGGCUUUUAGAGACAUCGAAAUCUGUACACUGGAUGCCAUGCUUGCCAUGACAUUUGGCACCAGUGCCCCAAGUGGUACUCAGAUCCAAGUCGAGAAAUCUGCACACUUUCGUUCAUCCGACAAAUGUCAUAGCGACGAUGGCAACAAGAAAAACGGAAAUGUCUUCACAUUCCCGCUCGUGGAUGUUGAUGUGUUGACCGAGUCGUUCUCAAAGAUCCAGCGGUCUGUCGACUGGACUACCUCCACGCUUUUUCCAAGUUUGGUCGGCUGGUUCAUGAGAAGGAAUCCCAUUUUGAUCCGCAGAUUUCGAAACAUACAUGCUUUCAUUCAUCAAUCAAUCGAUGCAUCCAUACAACACCUGGGCGAACAAGGCGCAGUUCCUCGCGUUGGUACGGACCAUAUCGUGUUUCGAGAAAAGGCUCUUUCAGAGGAGGAAGAUCGACCACCCCGAUUUCACUCGAGCGCUGUAAGAGAUGAAAUAUUUGGGUUUAUUCUAUUUGGAAAUCACACAACCAGAACAACUCUAUCUUGGGCUGUUAAACAGAUAGCCGAUAACCAAAUCGCGCAGUCUAGGCUUAGGGAAGCCCUGAAAGCAAGCUUUCCGUCGGCCAUGAAACAGGGUCGUGUCCCAACUGCAUCAGAAAUUCAAAGCGCUCGUGUGCCUUACCUCGAUGCAACAAUUGAAGAGAUUCUACGCCUUCAGCCGAUCGUCGAGGUAGGUCGUAGUACAGUCCAUGACACACCAGUCCUCGGUCGGGUCAUUCCAAAGGGUACGAUUGUCCUCACACUAAAUCAGGGCGCCGGUGUCAUGUAUCCACUGUACGAUACAAACACCCACAACAGCCAUUCGUCACAGCCUGCCAAAAGGUGGGAGUCCUACGGGACCAUCGACGAAGAUACUGCCCAUAUUUUUGCCCCUGAGCGGUGGCUCACUAUGUCCGAAAACCACGCCGAAGGGCACGUAUUCAAUCCUACUGCCUGUUAUUGUCUGGCUUUUGGCGCGGGUGUUCGGGGAUGCUGGGGUCGUCGGCUUGCCUAUCUGCAGAUACGAUUAUUUGUGGCCAUGAUAGUGUGGAGCUACGAGUUUCAGCAAUGUCCAGAGAGCUUGUCGGGGUAUCAGGCCGUGGAAGGGAUUGUGCGUGUUCCGGAUAACUGUUUUGUGAGGCUGAAGACUCUUUCGGCCAGAGAACCAUAA